GUUGCACUCUAUGUUUCCGGUGUGUGUUUCCGUCUAAGAUGUUUGGUAACAUGUUUCUGUUCAGCGGUGAAUGACAGCGGAGUUCCUCCUCAAAGGUGAGUUCACCCCACCGACCCAACCUCAGGUGUGGACUAACUGCAGGUACCAGCCAUGCUGCUCCCCCUUCUUCUGCGCCCGUCCCUCCGCUGCUCUCAGGCCUCUCAGGUCCUGUUAACACGAUGUGUGCGCUGCGACGCCUCUCGGACACUGCACUCUCAGGCUGAGCACUUCCUGCGACGGAGGCUCCCCCUGCGCCACCACACACAGAGCCGAGGCACCAAGAGCCGAGGAAGGAAGUCCAGGAGCCAGGAGGAGGAUUGGAAAACCAGGAACAAGACAGUGCUGACGUACAUCGCCGCUGCAGGGGUGGGGAUGAUCGGCCUGUCGUACGCUGCAGUGCCGCUCUACAGGCUCUACUGCCAGGCCUCGGGGCUCGGCGGCAUGGCGGUGGCCGGACAUGACGCAGAUCAGGUGGAGACGAUGAAGCCGGUGAAGGAGCGGGUCCUUAAGAUCACCUUCAACGCAGACACACACGCCAGCAUGCAGUGGAACUUCAGACCGCAGCAGACAGAGAUCUACGUGGUUCCAGGUGAGACGGCGCUCGCUUUCUACAGAGCAAAGAACCCCACAAAUAAACCCAUCAUCGGCAUCUCCACCUACAACGUGGUGCCCUUCGAGGCCGGACAGUACUUCAACAAGAUCCAGUGUUUCUGCUUCGAGGAGCAGCGACUGAACCCUCACGAGGAGGUGGACAUGCCCGUCUUCUUCUACAUCGACCCAGAGUUUGACGAAGACCCCCGGAUGGCCCGAGUGGACACCAUCACCCUGUCCUACACCUUCUUCGAGGCCAAGGAGGGUCAGAAGCUCCCUCUGCCCGGAUACAGCUACAACUGAUCCGUACACACAGGGAGGGUCACGGAAACCAUGUGAAUGUGAAUGUGAAAUGCAUUGCCCCCCAAAAAAGACUUAAACCAAACAACAACCAGAUUUUUUUUUUAUUAAAUCAAGAAAAAAGCUUCAAUGUAAGUCUUGUUGUUUUCAGUGUCUCAGAGUUUGAGGGUCCACUGUAAAGGUUGUAAACAAAAUAUUCUAGAUUUUAUUCUGAGAAUAAAGUUAAAAUAUUUGAAGAAAGGUGUGUAAUAUUCUUCAAUAGAAAAGUCAAAGUCCUGAUUUAAUUUAAUACGAGAUGGGAGCAGGGUGUCAUCUGAGGUUUCACAUAAAAGCAGCUUCAGGAUUCAUGUAUUCACUCAGUGUAGCCUGAGAAAAAGAAGACAUUUUGCAGAUUUUUUUUUCUUUUAAAAAGUUGCAUUUUCCCCCUAAAUAUUUUACCUUAAUUCUCAAAAUAUCACAUUUAUUUUUUCUAACAGUGGUCCUAAUUCUCUGUAACAGAAUAAACCAGGUGUUCACUCAUCCUGGAAAACCUGGAAUUCUUCAAUGCAGCUUCACAGUCAUUGAAAAGUCCUGAAACAAGUUUAAAGUAUCAGAAUCUAUAAAUUCCUUCUCGGUGGCUGAUACACAUUUGAAGGUGUCGAGGUGAAACCUUUCUGAGAAAAGAGUUCGCUGGAUGAGUUUUUCUACAUUUCACCUGAACUGAGGAACAAAAACUGUCAGAACUCUGGAGACUGAACUUUUCUCUGUCGAUGAAAGACAUGGAGACUUCAGACCCGAAGACCUCCAACUGUUGGUGUGUGUGCAUUCUGACAUCUGAGAGACUGUACAUGUAUAAAUGAGAUCAUGAUUACAGCUGAUAAUUGUUUUAAAGACUGAAAAUAUAUGAAUAAAUUAUGACUACAAACUGAA